AGCGCGCCCGGGAAGUCGGCCUGCGCCGCGGCGCCAGCGGAGAACCAGGCCCCGGGCGCGGAGCCGGCCUUCUGGGGAGGGGCGGGAGGCGCGCGCGCGAGGGCCCGCCCGGCCAGGGCCCCGGGCGCUGCCAGAGGCCGGCCGCGCUCCAGCCCGCCCGAAGCCCAUGCCCGGCGGCUGGCCCGUGCUGCGGCUGGAGGGGGGCCCGGCUCUGCAUGGCCCCGGCUGCUGACAUGACUUCUUUGCCACUCGGUGUCAAAGUGGAGGACUCCGCCUUCGGCAAGCCGGCGGGGGGAGGCGGGAGCCAGGCCCCCAGCGCCGCGGCGGCCCCGGCGCCCGCCAUGGGCGCAGACGAGGAGGGGGCCAAGCCCAAAGCGUCCCCCUCGCUCCUGCCCUUCAGCGUGGAGGCGCUCAUGGCCGACCACAGGAAGCCCGGGGCCAAGGAGAGCGCCCUGGUGGCCUCCGAGGGCGCACAGGCGGCGGGCGGCUCCGCGCAGCCCCUGGGCGCCCGGCCGGGGUCUCUGGGAGCCCCGGACGCGCCGUCUUCGCCGCGGCCGCUGGGCCAUUUCUCGGUGGGAGGACUUCUCAAGCUGCCCGAAGAUGCGCUUGUCAAAGCCGAGAGUCCCGAGAAGCCCGAGAGGACCCCGUGGAUGCAGAAUCCCCGCUUCUCCCCGCCCCCGGCCAGGCGGCUGAGCCCCCCGGCCUGCACCCUGCGCAAGCACAAGACCAACCGCAAGCCGAGGACGCCCUUCACCACCGCGCAGCUGCUGGCGCUGGAGCGCAAGUUCCGCCAGAAGCAGUACCUGUCCAUCGCCGAGCGCGCCGAGUUCUCCAGCUCGCUCAGCCUCACCGAGACGCAGGUGAAGAUCUGGUUCCAGAACCGCCGCGCCAAGGCCAAGAGACUGCAGGAGGCCGAGCUGGAAAAGCUGAAGAUGGCCGCCAAGCCCAUGCUGCCCCCGGCGGCCUUCGGCCUGUCCUUCCCGCUCGGUGGCCCCGCGGCGGUCGCGGCCGCGGCGGGCGCCUCGCUCUACGGUGCCUCGGGCCCCUUCCAGCGCGCCGCGCUGCCGGUCGCGCCCGUGGGACUCUACACCGCCCAUGUGGGCUACAGCAUGUACCACCUGACAUAGAGGGUCCCAGCCUGAGGCAUCGGCCAUUCCUCCAGGCCCCCUCCCCACCCCCGUCUUCUGCAAAGCGGCAGGAGCCACCUUCCCCGCAGCGAGCUCCCCUGUUCGCGGCAGCGCCCGGCUCCUUCCCCUUUCACCCCCAACCCGCUCCGGUGCAUCCUUGGCUGCUCCCCGCCUUCACUCUCCGAAGUCUGAUCCCCUCCCCAGACGUGGCUGGAAGGGCCCCUUAACCCUCCUCUAGAAUCUCGCCCCACCCUUUGUGUUAUCGGUGGAGAAACUGGGGUGAGAGGUUAAGUUCCCCAAGGGUCCUCAGCCGAGUUAGUGGUUGGACAGGCACCAGCGGCCGGUCUUGCUGUCGCUGCCUCCUGUCCUGACACCGGGCGCGAAAAACAGGAAAAAAAAAA